CAAAUCCAAUAAUAGACAGCUAAUACAAAUUUUCAACCACCAUAUGUUUUGUUCAGCAACUCUUGACUGGAUCAUCACAUUCUCUUCAUAUCCAUUAAAAUUACUUUCUUUUCAUUUCAAUUUUGGAUGCAGUUCAAAUUGGAAUCAUUUCCAUCCUCCUAAAUUUGACCAUCUAUCCAACUUUCUAUUAUGAAAACAGCACAGAUUUCAUCAUGUCUACAAAUUCAGCCAUACAUAAAGGUGUCAUUCAAGUCCCAACAGAAGCAUCAGGAUCAGAGAUCUCAAACUUCUCGGGUAGGAUCUUCUAUAGUGAACAGAUGAGGCUAUGGGACAGUCAAAGAGGAAUGAAGGCCUCAUUCAAUUCAACUUUUGUUUUCAAUAUUCAUCCUUUAACCACUCCUGGUGGUGAGGGUUUAGCUUUCAUAUUGACAGCCAACACCUCUCUCCCAAACAACAGUGCAGGCCAAUGGCUUGGGAUUGUCAACUCAACAAGCAUAGGGGUCAGCAACAUAGUAGCAGUGGAGUUUGAUACAAGGAAAAGCUACCCUGAAGAUAUUGAUGACAACCAUGUUGGGGUGGAUGUAAAGAGCAUUUAUUCCAUCCAGCAACAACCUCUUGGGCCACAUGGUGUUAACCUUUCUAGUGGAAUUGAUGUUGUUGCUACUAUUUACUUUGAUGCCAAAGAUGGAAAAAUUAGCAUUUUUGUCUCUAGAUCAGAUUUGAAGUUGAGGACACCGGUGCUUAAGGUAGAUCUUGAUCUCUCUAAGUUGCUUCCAGAAGAUGUUUAUGUGGGGUUUUCAGCUUCUACAGGAGCAUAUACUCAGGUUAACACAAUAGGAUCAUGGUAUUUCUCAAGCUGGGAGUAUAUAGAGAAGAAUCCCAUAAAUCUAAUAUGGUUAUGGAUCUUGAUUCCAAUAAUUGUGGUUGGUGGAGCAUGUGGGCUUGUUGGUUUGUGUCGGUGGAGAAAGAAACACAGAAAUGAACAAGGGGUGGAGGAAGAUCUGAACAUAGAGCUUGAAAUUAAAAGCUCAUCAAAUGCUCCACAUAAGUUUCAUCUGAAGGAGCUUCUACAUGCCACAAGGAAUUUCCACUCAUCAAACAAGCUUGGAAAAGGGGGAUUUGGGAUGGUUUAUAAAGGCACCUUACACGGUAAAGAUGUUGCUGUAAAGAGGAUUUCCAAGAAUUCACGUCAUGGUAAGCAAGACUUUAUAGCAGAAAUCACCACUAUAGGGAAUCUCAAUCACAAAAAUCUAGUGAAGUUAAUAGGAUGGUGCCAUGAAAAGGGUGAGAUCCUCCUCGUGUAUGAGCUCAUGCAAAAUGGGAGCUUAGACAGAUUCAUUUUUUCAACUUCUGGAGGGGAUUCAACUCUGAGUUGGGAACAGAGGCUUAGUGUUAUAUGUGGGGUUUCUAGAGCAUCAGAAUAUAUGCAACCAGAUGCUUUAAAUAGUGUAAGCUAUGGCUGAAAGUUCAAACUGAUGUCUUUGGAUUUGGUGUUCUAAUAUUGGAGAUUUGUCUAAGGAAGAAGCCAGAACAUCAAAAUAAGCUAAAUUUUAACAACAUAGAGGACUCAGGAUUGUGUAUUGGAUAUUGUUAUCAAAUGACGUGUCUAACUAAUGUAGUAGAAAUAGGAGUUAAUGAAAAUUUUAAUAAGGAUUGUGCUUCAAAGAUCAUCUGGGAAGAGUUGAAUUAUAAAUAUAAUGCUAGUGUAUCUAUAUUCUAUAGCAAUAGUAAGUAGUGUUUUGUUGUUGAAAAUGUAAAUGUGACAUUGCUUAUUGUAACAUGACAACUAGGCUUUUAGUUUUGUCAUUUCGCAGAUAAUCAAACCAAAUAAUUGAUGUAGGACAUGUGAUUUAAGAUUUCAUGUGAAUAAUUAUAAGUUCAAACUUUCA